AGUGUGUGAGCUGAGUUAGUUUGUUUGUGUGUGUUAUUUAAAGACAUUAUGGACUGUUAUCAGCACAAUUUAACUCUGGACUGUUUAAUAAACAUCUUCACUUUUCUGAGUGAGGAGGAUUUAAUCAGAGCAUCCUGCGUUUGUAAGGAUUGGAAUGAAGCUGCAGAAACGCAGUGGUUAUGGAGAGAAAUGUGUUUACACCGCUGGGGGUUCUGUAACAUGGGACAGCUCCUCUCAGGUACCGGGGAGUUCACCUGGAAGAGGUAUUACCUGCAUCGCUCCAGACUGGAACAGAACAUGAAGUCAGGCAGGUCGGGCGGGGACUACACCUGCACCACCCUGAGAGGACAUACAGGCAGGAUUGUUGGGUUUUCGUACCUGGCGGAUAACACCACCCUGCAGGACGUUUGGACCUCCUCCCCCGUCGUCUGCAGCGCCUCUACCGACGGCACCAUCACAGCCUGGGACGUUCACAAGGGUGAAAAGCUGUGGUCCAGUUCUGCUCAGAACCCGCUGACCUGCAUCGUUACUGACCGGCAGCGGGACGUUGUGAUGACCUCAGACAGCGCCGGGACUAUCCAGACGUGGCAGGGGCAGACGGGGGCGAUGCUGGCAUCGUUUCCCACCGGCGCCUCUCGGUGCGCUCUGCUGUCCUUCAGCCAGGACGCCGACUCCUUUCUUCUGGUGGGAACGACUCUGGGUUCACUGCUCGUCCUGAGCUCCCCUGAUCUGUCAAAAAUAUCGGGACACGUGGUGUGUGAUUCCUUCAGACUGAACGUUCUCCUCACAUCACCUGAUCACAACUGGAUCCUCGCCGCCUCCAGUGAGAGCUCAGAUUUAAGUCCAAAGGUGUUCUGGAGUUCGAGUGUGUGUCGCUCUGUAGAAGACGACGAGCCGCUGUGUUCCUCUUUACCCGUCGGUGGCUGCAGAGCGGCCGUGUUCCUUCCCUCACAGCCUGCCCGGGUCGCUGUGAUCCACAGCGGAGCUCAGCUCAACCAAACCGCCCUGACCAUGUUUGAUUUAAGCCUGAAGAAGUCCAAAUACAAACAGGAGCUCCAGGCUCAGCAGGUCGAGUCGUUUCAGCUUGAUUUAAAAGCGCCGCAUGUGCACGUGAUUCUCCAGGCGAAGGGAAACGGAACCCUCCUGCUGACGGACGCCAACGAGCUGAGGGUCUACACCAUUAAAGGAGCGGUCAUCGCCAGCUUUACUGACCACGUACUGCCCAUCACCUCUCUGUGUGUGCAGGAUCAUUUCCGGGUGGUUACGGCGUCGCAGGAUCUGUCUCUACGAGUUCUGACCUGGAGGAACGACAGGGACAAGGGGCUCGUACUGGAAAGCCAGUAUCACCUGCUGGGAGGCUCACACACCACGUCCAGGGGAUUCACCGGGGUGGAGUGUGAUUACGCCAGCAUCGUGGCCUCGGUGGAGGCGGUGAACGGGAGAGAUGCUCUGAAGGCCUACGUGUUUCAUUCAUAAACAGUUUAGGGAUUUCAGAAGAGCGUUGAGAGGGAUGGUCAUCACUGGAGCUCUGAUAGUUCAGUUUAUUAUUAUUAUACUGGUGUUAUUAUUGUGGGAUUCUGCUGCUUGUAUGAUUUCUUUUAUCCAUGGAACUGGGAGACACUCUGUGGUAAUUGCCGAAACCUGCUUCUAUUAAACACUGACAGACUGAAAGUAUUAAAUACUCACAGGAACGACAAAUUCUGGCAAUACCAAAGACUAGGACAAAAAUCUUUAAUCAAGCCAAAGUGAAAACAAUUGAAAAAAAUGGUUUAAAAGAGCAUUUAAGCACGACGUAAAACUACUAACUAAAUAAAUCAAUCAAUAAAAUCACAUCUUUUUACAUUA